UAAAUUUAUUAUCACGUGGCUAUAACUUUGGUGAUGAUAACGUUUUAGCCACAUUUAUGAUUUUCAUGUGCCUAUUAAAUAAAGUAUUAAACUAGUGUAUUUUUGGAUUUUUUCUUUUUCUCAUUUUCUCAUUUUUCAUUUUAAAAAUUGUAAUGGUUGAUAAUAAACUUUUGCCAAAAUUAUCACAAAAUUUACUCGAAACUUUAGACGAUGAAGAAUAUUAUGAUGUUACAAUUGAAGUUGGAAAAGACCCUGACGUAAAAACAUUUCGUGCUCAUAGGGUUAUUUUAAAUUAUCGUUCACCAUAUUUGCGAAGAAUUUUAUCAACCAAUAAAAAGAAAAAUGACGGGUUUGUGACACAUAUUAGUUUACCAAAUAUUUCACCAGAAAUUUUUCAAAUAGUAUUAAGGUAGUAAAAAAAAUGGUAAUUUGAAAUUUAUGUAUUUUUAGUAAAUAAUUUCUAAUAUUGCCAUCAUUCUUACUCAGAUAUAUCUACGGAGGAAUAAUUCCAUUGGAAGAAUAUAAUAUAUUAGAUAUUGUUAAAAUUUUUGUUGCUGUUAAUGAGCUUAGUCUUCAAGAAUUAAUCCCUUAUUUAGAAACCUUCUUGCUUGAAAAUGCAGCAAAUUGGGUGGAAAAACAUUUUGAUUUAAUAUAUCAAAUAAGCUAUGAAAAUGAUUCUUUCUCAAAAAUUCAAAAAUAUUGUAUCGAUUUAAUUUCCAAAGA